AUGGGGUCAAUUGCGCCAGAAGCCUUGGAAGACGCCGCUCAGUCAGCAAAGAUUGCUGCAUUCAUCCAGAAUCAUCCGGUCGCGAUUUCUCUACGAAAUGAUCCAGAUUAUACCGAGUUGCAACCACACUUGAAGGUAGCAGAGCGCUAUCGUGCACAAAAUUUCAUGACAGGAGCACUUACGGGGCUACAAAAAAUAUCUGUGCCGCCAUAUGUGUUCAGUAAGAAAAACGGAGAGGGACUGGUCAUGAUUAUGCACCUCGGACAGAAUAUGUGUGACUAUCCAGAAAUUGUUCACAACGGUCUAAUUGCAGCCCUCUUUGACGAAGGAUUGGCGAGAUGUUGCUUCGCAGCCCUGCCCAAUAAAGUCGGGGUGACUGCCAAUCUAAACAUUGAGCAUCAUCAACCUUUGAUGGCCGAUUCAUAUAUUGUCUUGUCUGCGGAAACGACCAAAUUGCAAGGCCGGAAAGCGUGGGGAUAUAGUCGGAUUGAGACGCUUCCAAUUGAUGGCCAGGAGACGAGUUUGAUUGCGGAGGCUAGGGGUCUCUUUAUAGAGCCGAAGCAAAUUGCAAAACAUUUACCUUGA